AUGGGUUGUCCUGAAGCCAUUCGCGUUUACUUACGCCUUCGGCCACAGAUAUCUGUUCAACAUAGCAGCAUACUCGGUACUUCCUCACGCGAGAAUGCUCCCUGCAGCUACAUUCUUGAACCAUCCUUCAGUGGCCGCACUAAGUUGAUGUUCCACGUCGAUCGACGCAACGAGGCCGACAUCGUUAACAACUCACUAGAGGACUUCAGCUUUCAAUUUCGGCAUGUUUUCGAGCCCCAGUCAACGCAGGAAGAUGUUUUUAAUGUUGUGGCGAAGGACUGCGUCUUGUCGGUGCUCGACGGGUACAAUAGCACCAUAUUUGCGUAUGGCCAAACUGGAAGUGGUAAGACCUACUCCAUCACCGGCGGCACGGAAAGCUACGACGAACGCGGUAUUAUUCCACGGGCACUGGGUUUGAUUUACGACGGGGUCGCGAAGCGGCAGCAGGAGUGUUUUUGGAAUGUGAGCGUUUCCUACCUGCAAAUUUACAACGACAAGGGGCAGGACUUGCUGAAUCAUGGGAAGGACGCGAAAACUCUGGAGGAUCUCCCGAAUGUGACGCUUCACGAGACCACCACGGGCCCCGAGGAUGAUCUGGUGGUGGUCCUGCGAGGCCUGCAGCAGCAUGCCGCCCCAACUCUUACCGACGCGUUGAAUUUGCUAUUUUUAGGCGAUACCAACCGACUGUACUGCGAAACGCCGAUGAACCGGACGUCCUCUCGUUCACAUUGCGUUUUUACGAUUUCCUUGGAAGCCCACGUGGCGGGCACCUCGGUGGUGCGUCGCUCCAAACUCAACCUGGUUGAUUUAGCUGGAAGCGAGCGUGUUAGCAAAUCCGGCGUCGGCGGUACAAUUCUAUCCGAGGCAAAAUAUAUCAAUCUAUCGCUUCAUUACCUUGAACACGUGAUCGUCGCUCUGAGUGAGCAAGCCAAAGGCAAGCGUGAUCACGUUCCUUUUAGAAACUCCUUUCUGACUAUGGUACUGCGAGAUAGUCUUGGUGGGAAUUGCCGUACCAGCAUGUUAGCCACUGCACACUUAUCUAAGGCAGCAUUGCCGGAAACAAUCAGCACAUGCAGCUUCGCGCAGCGCGUCGCUUUGAUUAAGCAGGAUGCACGCAUUAAUGAGGAAACCGAUCCAGUUUUACUUGUAAAGAAGCUUAAAGCGGAGGUGGCACAGUUAAAGGAUCAGCUUGCUUUUUAUGAAAAGAAUAGUGAUGGAAAGGGUGGAACUGACCGCGAGCUGUCUGAAGAGGAAAAAAUAUUGUGCAGGAACAUGGUAGAGGCGUACAUUGGUGGCGGCAGUCGUAUUGAGGGAUUCGAAGGGGAGAUGCUACGCAUUUACUACUGUUUUGAUCUCAUGAAACGAAAGAUUCUGGGGACAUCCGGCGGUGUUAGCAGUGGGUUGGAGGAAGGGCCAAGUUCACCGCUGGGUUCUGAAGCGAACGGCAGCCCCUACUUUCGCCAAAGCGGCAAUCGAGAGAGUAGGGGGGCUGAGUCUGUUGGGGCUUCGGGCACAUCCGCAAAGGCGUACGAGGAACAGAUUGAGAGAUUACAGAUCAGCCUGAAGCAGAAGGAAAACGAGAUAAACACUAUGUUAGAUAUUCUUCAUCGAACCCAGGGCACGCGAUUCAACGCUGCUACGCAGACCUUCAGCGACGUCGACAGACACCACGAUGCAAAUGCUCUGAUUAACGAUGCUAGGAGGAGGUCCGCGGAGGAAGGUGACUACUCUUGCAACGACAUAAGGCCGAAUCGCGAAGACCCACCCCAACAGUCCGCUUCUUCUGCUAAGGGCGCAGAUCUGUCGCCCGCUUUUGGCCGUUUAUCGGAUCUUGCUCAACAAGGUAAAAUUAACUCCACAGAUGCAGCUGCCGCGGAGGAAUACUUAAGGAGAAAGCAGCAACAACCCCAGGAUAUCUCCGCCCUCUCUGAUGCUCAGCUAGUGGAAGACCGUGCAGCGGCUUUUGAGACGUUCAAGGGCUCUUACCAGAAUUACGUGAAGAUUGAGGCAACAAAGCAAGAUCUUAAAGCUGCCUAUGUCGUGUGCAAAGAGACGGCUCAGCAGCUCAAUCAGAGCGUGGAUACUAUGAAGAGUCUCAAGCAGCAAAUCCAGAGGCUACGUGCGGAGCGUGCAGUCGAUGGUGUCGAGCUCGUAGACCCUGAGGAGCAGAAUUUAAUGGAUCAGCUCAGUUCCACCCGAGAACGCUAUAACACUCUUGUGGCAGAGCUCCGACAGCAAAGGGAAACCAUCGAUGGUAUGCACGCUUUCAUGAAGCACUCACAGGAACAGGUGGCUCGGGACUUUGAGCAAUGGUUCAAAACUCGAAAGAAGCAAGUUGUGAUGGCUGUGGAAAGCAGCCGCGUUGGUCCUUCCCCGAAGGGUGUGCCUAAUCCGACCAAUAACGCUGCCGGUGGCACGUUUUCGAACCAUCUCGGCAGCAUCAGCAGUAGUGCCCAAGUCAGACACCCGUCCUCAGCACCUACAUCCGUUUUGAACGGCAUCACCCAGGCGAAUAGCACAUCCCUUGAUAGUAUUGCUGUGCUUGAUCAGCCUAAGUCCAGUACUCUCAACAACAGUGCCAGAUUGUUUCCACAGUCUGCGUUGGGUGCCGUCUCCAAUCCUGCGGUAGCACCAACGGCAUGUAGCUCACCGGGUUUACCAUCCUCCUCAUCUGUAUCGGGUUUGCCAUUAUCGAUGUGGAUGAUGCCUGCAACAUCAAACGCAAUGUCUCAACAGAUAGGAUCUAGCACCGCAGCCUCGCAUGGAGCCCUUCUUCCAAAUUCAUCAGCAUCACCGUCUUCUUUAGAAAUAUUGCGUACUUCACCAAAAUCGUGCAACACGGACGGAAACAGCUCUUCACGCACUACUGCUCCGACCUUUCUGAGCAAUGCUAACCCAAAGCCUUUUCAUUUACAACCACUUGAUCCUCAAGUGGCUUCGUCGUCCCAGCCUUCUGGGGCGUGUCCUCCUCCGUUGGUUAACAAAGAAGAGGCUCCAUGUGCUUCUUUCUCAUUUGUAACACCUCUUAUUGGAGGCGGUAAUUCUCACAUAAUGCCGACUAACACGGAUUCCCUUGGUUCUUCCUACGUUGGGUGCUCAACGCAAUCCAAUCCGUAUGCGCCAGCUCAUCGUUCCACUGGUAACAAAGCUGCAGAUGAACAGCUUGCAGCCCUCUACAAGCUUCGUGAUGCUAUGCGGCAGAAUAUGGGGGGCUCAUAA